GGAGAAAUUUGCGCAGGUCCCUUAACUCUUGAUUGAAAUUGCGAAAAUUGAAAGACACUCCCUAAAUCCAUGACCACAGCAGAGAUGGAACAGAAACGAAUGGAAAACUAAUUCAAAUGGUCAAAUAUUUCGGGUCGAAUCGUUUAAUAUAUAUAAUUCCUUACGUGAAAUGUAACGUGACUCCAUCGAUGUUGUUGUUUUUAAACCUAUUGAAGAGAUGUAACUCCUAACAACAGCGUUCCUUCCUUCCUCUAGUCAAAAUGUCAUCAGGUUGAUGAUAACACGACUUGACAGACAGCCGAACAUAUGGACUGCGUUUUAUCUACUCGGCCAUUUUGAUCGACGACACCAGCGUCGCCCGCCGCUAGAAGUUGAAUUGACCGGUUUCGGUAGGGUCGACAACAGACGGACCACCUGCGUAUGGAUGCUGAGUGGAGGGCAUUGCUAGCGUGGAGCUAACAAACGCCACAAUUCCAAGAGAAGAACCUUGGAAUGGGCCGCUCAGGGUCACCUGACACCGCGAACCUGGAUGACCACUGAGAGCUAAGUGCAAAGGUCACCACUGACGUCAGCCAUGUUUUGGAAGAUUGACCUACACACGGCUUCUCAUCUGGAGGCUUUAUUGGACAAAGAGGAUGUCACGCUCACUGAGCUCAUGGAUGAGGAUGACGUGCUGCAGGAGUGCAAGGCUCAGAACAAAAGACUCCUCCUGUUCCUGUGCCAGGACAAGUGUAUGCAGGAGCUGGUACGCAAGAUUACCACAGAGCCUCCUGCUGGUAUCGAGGAGACCAAGCGAUUUAAGUAUUCAAAUAUAGCUUGCGAGUUGUUGACAAGCGACGUGGGGGUGAUCAAUGACAAGCUGGGCAAUGAGGAGCCGCUACUGGAAAGCCUGUAUUCCUUCCUGGAACAGCCCUCCCCUCUCAACCCUCUUCUGUCAUCUUUCUUCAGCAAAACCGUUGGGAACCUUAUUGCACGAAAGACUGAACAGGUGAUUCGUUUCCUGCGGCGAAAGGAGGAAUUCCUCACCCUGGUUCUAAAGCACAUCGACACGUCGGCAAUGAUGGAUGUCCUGCUACGACUCAUUAGUUGUGUGGAGCCGCCCCCUCUUCGGCUGGAAACUUUAACUUGGCUAAAUGAAGAAAAGCUGGCCCAGAGACUUGUGCAAAUAAUUCAUCCAGAGAUGGAUGAAGAGAGGCAGUCCAACGCUUCUCAGACUUUGUGCGACAUCAUUCGUUUAAGCAGGGACCAGGCCAACCAGCUUCAGGAGAUGUCCCAGGCCGACCCUUUGCUGACUGUGCUGGAAUCGCAGGAGUGUGUAGAGCAGCUGCUACAGAACAUGUUCUCAGGAGAAAGAACUGAAAGCUGCAUUGUCAAUGGGAUUCAGGUUCUGCUCACGCUGCUAGAAAUUAGGAGACCUGUCGUGGAUGGUGUUAUGGACGCGCAAGGGUUUGAAAGAAGUUACACCGUGAACAGCAGCAUCCUGUUGGCCAUUCAGCCUCAUUUGCUCCACUUCCACCAGCUUCUUCUGGAGCCUCCUAAGCGAAAUCCUAUGCUGACAACUUUGGGUGUGCUGGAGGAACCUUUGGGGAGCACACGGCUACACGUAUCUAGACUAGUGGCCUCCCUUCUCUAUACCAGCUCCGCCAGCCACGCAGUCAUAGCGCAGGAGCUCUGCAGACUUAAUACAAUGGACCUGCUUUUGAACUCGUUUUUUAAGUACACAUGGAAUAACUUCCUGCACCUCCAAGUGGAGCUCUGCGUGGCAGCCAUUUUGCGGCCCUGCGCCCACGAAAUGAGACUUCAGCUGGGCGCCGUCUCCCAGGACACCGUCCAUCCUCCUCAGGAUGCGUCGCAGGCUUCGGCGGAGGUCGCAGUCCCCCAUGACAAUUCUGCACAUAAUUUGUUGGUGACUCACUUGUUUCAACAUUGCCGCCUCGUUCAACGGAUUCUACUGGCUUGGGAAGAGAACGACAAAACCCAAUCAGAAGGUGGAAUGAGAAGAGGCUACAUGGGACAUCUGACUAGAAUUGCCAACACAAUUGUGCACAAUCUGGAAAAAGGCCCUGUUCACACACAGAUUAGUAAUCUUAUCAGCGAGCUACCAGAUGACUGCAGAGGGCGCUGGGAGACUUUUGUUUGCCAGACCCUGUCAGAGACCAACAGGAGAAACACCAUCGAUCUGGUCGGCAGCGGUAAUCCACGGCCUUCCUCAGAAGAUGAAAUGGAGAGCCCUUUCCCAAAAGAACUCACACUACAGCAGGCUUUCUCCGACUACCAAAUUCAGCAAAUGACUGCGAAUUUUGUGGAUCAGUUUGGAUUCAACGACGACGAGUUUACUGAUCACGAUGAGGGCAUCGGGGCAACGUUUAAUCGAAUUGCUGAGAUCAAUAUCAACAUUGACGUGGGCCAGGACAGCGCCAAUAUGGCUUCGUUUGAUGCCUGCACCAAAGAGAGGAUUCAAGCCUUCGAUGACGACGAAGAGGACAUCUGGGAGGAAAAGGAGAUCAACUAUGCAACACAAGCCAAGUCGAGGAACAGGUUCGGUGGGUCGCAGGCAGCCCAAGGCCAAGCCCCAGGUAAAACACGUGAAAGGUCCACGUCUUCUGACAAAGCGGCGAGCUCAGACUCUGACGAAGGAGAGGAGCUAAAAGACAACAUGGACCCUUUCUCCAGCCAGACUGAGGCCACAAAGAACUCUGGAUGGAUUGCAGACUUCGGAGAGGUGAACUCAAAGGCUCCCGCAGCAGGCGCCGGCUUCGCAGCCUGGGACGAUCCCCAGCCGGCCGCCACCGAGACAGAUGAGAAGGGCUGGGCCAAGUUUACAGACUUCCAGCCUUUCUGUUGUUCUGAAACAGGUCCCCGAUGCAGCUCCCCCAUCGACUCGGACUUCAGCACAAAACCAAGCCAGAACCCCUGUGUGUGGAGCGUAUGCGGAGCAAGGAAAGCCCCCCUGGUGGCUUCGGACAGCUCCUCCUCCGGGAGCUCAGACACCGAUGAAGAUGAGAGCAAGACUGGGUCCGGAGCCGGCCAGGCGGCGACCAUGGAGACCAUCAACAUGGGCGACGGCAAGGAAACCAUCCGGCUCACCGUCGAUGCCAAAAAUGAACGCGCUGUGUUCAGCAGUCACACAGAGAAGAUGGCAGCAGAUGACAAAGCCAAAGGAAAUGAGGCGGAACACGGAGACUGUGCCAGUCCAGCUAAGGCCAGUCCGACCCAGCAACCUUCUACUGUUACACAAGAGAAGAAACCCUCAGCCAACGGACCAGCUUAACCACAUCACCAUCAUUAUCAUCGGCGACCCUCAUUGACUACCAUUGACGGUGACGGACGUCCAAUCCAUUUGAAUUGGGAGAAUCUGGCAGCGAAUUUUCGAUUCGACGUCUAUCGCCAUCAAUGGCAGAAUUAUUUAAAAUUGGCACUGUUAGUAGAAAAAAAGCCUUUCUACUAAUAGUGUGUACUAUUGCACUUUGUAUUUGGAUGUCAAGGGUAUUGAAAAAGAAAUUGCUGACACAGUUUCAUACUCGUGGGCAAAUAUUUCAAAUAUUUUACUCAUGCCCAACCGGGCGUAUCAGACACGGAAGCGUUAAAUGUGUCACUCCUCUGACAAAUCCAUUUAGAUUUGUGACCUGAUGUACAUAAACAACAAGCGUGUCACCCAAAAAAAUGUGUUAUUUAAAAAAAAAUCUCCAAAAGACACAUGGAUGUGCACGUACCCUUUCCUGUUCCCUCCUCUUAAGAAGCUGUGUCAGUGUACUAUUGUCAUAUUUGCACUUGUAUUAGGUUGUGGCUAUUCGGUAAGAAACGUAAUAUAAAUGUAUACUAUAAAUAUAUAUACAUAAUACAUAUAAUCAUCUAUUUUUGGAACAAAAGACAGAAAAGUAGAAUGGGUGUGCGGUAUGUGUGUGAAAUGAGGCAAUAAUAAUGUUUGGUAUGCCAGCAGCAGUUCUAGGAGUGUGACUAUGUAUGUAUAGUAGUUGUCUUCCUUAUCAUUGACAUGUUUUUUUAGCACACUGGGCAAAACUCUUGUUGCCACUCAUGAGGCAUUAAAGAGAAAAUAGCCAGUAUCAAGCAUUUCAUCAGGAUAAAGUAAAGUCCAAAACUGUUUACUCAACUGAAGAUGGUACAAAAAAAAUGAUUCAGGGGUAUAGUGCUAAAUAAAAUUCAUUUACUGCCAGAUCUCGCAGUUUUGAAUUAGAUUUGACAACUAUCAUUGUCAAUGGCAGCCGAUGAGUUAACUUUGAAUAUUUGGUCAUACAGUGACUGUUGGGCGGUUGUUUACUCUCAGUGGCACUUUAUCUUUCCACUCUUCUCAGUGCUGUUGGUGACUUUAGUUACACAUUUGCCUAUCUGUGGACUUAUUUGCAAGCAGCACAUCGGCCUAGUGUAAGCGUGUCUGCCUUGCAGUUCUGAGGUUUAGGGUUCGAAUGUGGAAUGGUGGACACUAAAGUAAAUAUAUUUUAAGAAUAUGUUUUACUUUUUGCCAAAGUCUUCCCCUUGAGUAGUUCUAGGCUCCAGCUUUGGUGCCCAUUAAAAUCCAAAGCUGUGCCGUGUUGUUUUUCUUUCUGAAUGUGACGCUAUGGCUUUGUUUACAUCUUGUGAAGUCCACAGAGAAGUCAGGGUUCCGGGAUGAAUAAAUUGCUGGGUAGAUGUGACUGUGUAUUGUUUGUGUGUAUGUGUUAGAAAGUACAGCUUUGUUGUAAAAUGCAUUUGGCUUUUUUGUCAUGCAAACUGUUAUUUUUUUGGAAGCAAUUGUCUGUUACUUGUCACUUUAGCUUGUAAAUUCAUAUAUAAACUGAAUAAAGAUGUUAAAAGAAAUGGGAGUCUGUGUGUUUGUGAAGUCUAGUGUGACAAGGACACGUACGGCAAGCUCAAAUAUGUUUACGUUGAGGCUAGUUUAACUAAUGGGUGGGAGAGCUGCCAACUGUUAUUUGGACGCACAGGUAACAUUUUUCCUAAUCUGUGAUAGGACACAUCUCAUUGGCUGCCAUUGAUUGCACUGAGAUGACCAAUCCGUUUUGGCUCGGCAAGACUGACGGCAAAGGUUGCUGCCAGCCGUCCUAGUGAAAAUGGAUUGACGUUUAGCACCAUAGCACUACUUGAAACAUGAGCAUUCACAGCCAGUCGUCACAAUUUACAAUGCAUGAAUAGCAGGGAAUUAGUUAAAAUACAGUGAUUCCUCGUUUUUCACAUUUAAUGGGGACCAGAACCCCGAUAAGUGAAAAACCGUGAAGUAGCCCCACCACAAUUUUUUUUUACUUUUAUGUAUAGCCUAUAUAUUUUUAAAUAUUUUUUAGGCACUUCAAAUGUAAUAAUUAUUGUUAGUUUCGAACAUCUUAAUGUCCCACCGAAUUAUUUUUAAACAAGAAUAAUGUAGAAAAUGCUUGUUUUUAUUAAAAGCUUUAUUGAGUGAGUCCACCCAAAUUCGCUCAAGCUGCUCACUUUCACUGAGUUGCCACAGCAAUUGUUUAACCCUUAAAGACCUGCUACAUGAAGCAAUUAUCAGAGAAUCCCAAAAUUUGAAAAAUAAGUCCCUAAUUUGUAAAAAGAAAUGUCAAAAUGAAUAUGUGUAAUAAGCGCUCUAUUAUCUAUAACCCUAGCUAAAUCCUGUUUUUUUUUUCCCCUCAUGGAACCUGCAGAUGCAUGUAUGGACUUGCAUCCAUCUUUUUUUUUUUUUUUCAAAAAGAAAAGUCAAAAUUCUGAAUUACUCUCAAAAUCAUAAAAUUUUAGGUGUAUCAAAUGUAAUACAUUUGGCAGUAAA